AUGGCCACUGAGGGCAUCUUCUCUGCGUACAACGCUCCCCCAGCUUCCGCUGCUACGCCAGUGGUCAGCGAACAGUCGCGACCGGUUCACAGUGGAUUGAAUACAACCCAGAAAGAAAGCGAAGGCUCUUUUUUUGAAAAGUCAAAGGCGGCAGCCGGCGGCGAAAAUCCAGAGGCUCCCAGGUCGCCGCAGCAAGUCCAGCCAACUGCGGAAUCGUCCAUAAAGCACCCGCUCAGCGGCUCCAUCGGGUCUUCGGAACCCAAUGCCCCAGUAGAGAGUCGAAAGGGAGAGGCUGAUGCUACCAAACCAGAGCCGCAGACCGGCGAAAAGCGUGCUUUUGAUUCUACUGUCAUCGCCAAUUCGGCUCCGGCUCCUCCUUCGGUCCCAGCGCCUGCUCCGGCUCCAGUCUCUGAAAUUCCGACUCCAGCAGCUCCGGCCCCUGCAUCUAUUCCUGACGCCACUUCUACAUUCGAGCCUAUCACCCAUCCGGCCCCGGAUCCAGCUCCGGUGCCUGUCCCAGUCCCCGCCCCGGCUCCUGCAUCGGAUGAAAGAGACAAACCGCUCCCUGAGAAGUCGGACGAGCCAGAAGCCAAGAAGCAGAAAGUCGACCCGGAGCCUUCCAAGGAUUCCAAUAGCUCUGCACCUUCAGGUUCUGUGGGGAAGGCCAACGGAGAGCAGAAGAAGCCUGCGCCCACCAAAAAGGAGAAGGUGAAAGAUGCCGUGAAGAAAAUCAUCCCAAGCGAUGGGCCCGGUAGCCGCACCCGCAGCCGUACCAAGCCCACUUAG